GUAGGCGAGUGUGUCAUGAGAAUCAUGUUUUCUUUCGUAGGUGCUGUAUUUCCUUUUCAACUGACAACACGAUGAUUGAGUCAUGGUUUCGUAAUUGUAACAAUUUUAUUCAAUAUCUUGUUCAGGUGGAAAUAAAAUGCUGAGAAAUGGAUUUCUUCUCUGUAUCAUAAUUCUUUUACUAGCAUGCCCUUAAAUAGCUCUGAAGGGAGCACCUCUGUGAAGUGUGAUACACAUCCUUCAAAAUCACCACACUAUUCUAGAAAGAAGCGCCUUAGUAGUCAAAAACGUUCCAAUGCUCUAAAAGACAAACUAAAUUUGAAGCAAGAAUGUGUAUCAAGUCGAAACAAUGAUGUGUCAUUUAAAUCUAGUUUGUAUGACCAUUUUGUGGAAUUUUUGCCUUCUGUAACUGUGGAAAAGUUCAGCCAGUCAUCUGGACAAGCUGAUUAUUCUUCAAAUAGUCAAAAUCUGAAACGUAGCUUAAGUUUUCCAAUGGUUUAUUCUAAGUCUCACAAUAAACAUAUUCUUUCUAAAAGUUUUAGUUUACUUGAUAGUAAUACUAAAACUUCUGCUGUUCCAUUUUCAAAUGUUCAUAGCCAACCAGAAUUUUCAGACAAUUCUGUUGAGUUUUCUAAUGUGAAAAAUGACAAUAUAUCAACAAAUUUAUUUAGCAGUAAUUCUACAACAAAUGUUGCUAGUGGAUAUUCUGUUUCUCGAAGAAGUAGUACUUCUACAAUAUGCGAGAGACACGAAAGUAUUGGUUCCGAGUUUAGUCAGAUAUCUAUUAUAGAUAUGAAGGAAAUAGAAUCUCUUGAUGUACUCUAUGGACAUUCAAAUUCCAGCUACAAAAGAAAAGUGCACCAUUCAAGAUCUAAAUCUGAUGUUUCUAUAUCAUCUGUUUAUCUAGAAGAUGCAGGGCAUCCUGAUGUGUUUUCUCUACCCAAUUCAUUUUCUGAGCUGACUGUGCCUCCAAAGAAAAGUAUUUUCGAAGGAAAACAAGUAGUUGUUCCUACUGAAUGCUUUUUUCCACGUCCUCGACAGGGACAAAGCUUGACAAGUUUCUUAUCUUCAAAUGACUUUAAUAUUUCUGCAGAACUAGACAGAGAGAAUGCUCAUUUUUGUAUAUCUGAAGCCUUAAUUGCAGCUAUUGAACAUAUGAAAUUCUCUCGUAUGCUGAAAAUUGUAGAAGAUGAAAAUGACAGUGAUGAAGAAAUCAGGAAAUUGAAACAGAGAAUUAGAAUUCGUAAAAGAGAGCGUCAAAGAGAAGAACAAUUGAAAACCUUUUUUUUAUUAAGUGAUGGGAGAACUGAUACAACAACUAGUCAAAGUGCCUCACCCCCUGCAUCGUCUCAUUCAUCUGAUUUUGAGGUUGAAAGCAUUGGUAGUGAAGAUGAAGUAGAAGAUUUGGAACUUUCUGCCAAAACUGAUUCCAAUUUAUCCUCCAUGAAAGAAAAUGGCCUAUCAUUAUCAAUGGCAUCACUUUAUUCAGAUGCUGAUCUUGCAAAAGGGGCAUUAUCUUUUGAAGAUUCUGAAAAAAAAUUUCAAGAUUCUGAUACUAAUAACUUAUCAGCAGAAUCUGUGGCAUUAUCUCUUUUGAGAAAAUUUUCUGAGAAACAUUUACUUAAAGCUUCAGAAUUAAAAUGGCUUGUUUCUGAACAGGAAGCACCUCAAAGACUUUUACCACUUCCAAAUUCAUGGCCAAUUUCUCCUGAUGCUAUAGAAGAGGAAUAUAAGUUGCGGUUAAGAGGAAAUUUUGAAUGGGCUCCUCCAAGACCACAAAUUAUAUUCAGCAUUCUGCCAAGUUUGAAGAGGAAAGAGAUAUUAGAAAGGCAAAAGUAUAGAUGUGCUGGAUGUGGCAUGAAAAUUGAAAAAAAUUAUGUCAAUAGAUUUCGAUACUGCAAUUAUUUUGGAAAAUACUUUUGCCAAUGUUGUCAUAGUAAUGGAACAGCCUACAUUCCUGGUCGUAUACUAUGGAAGUGGGAUUUUACCAAACAGUAUGUUUCAAAAUUUGCAUGGGGCCUUCUAGACCAGAUGUAUUCUGAUCCACUUUUUAAUGUUGAAGAUAUUAACUGCAAUUUAUACCAAAAAGUUAGGCAACUAGACAAUUGUCGAAUACUCAGGACACAGUUAUUUUAUUUAAGAAACUUUAUGAAUACAUGUAGAAAAGCUGAAAAUAUUCGAGACUUUUUGAAAAAGGAAAAUCAACAUCUUAUGCAAGACCCUCAUAUGUAUUCCCUGAGUGAUUUUGUACAGGUAAAGAAUGGGGAGUUAGUCAGACAUCUUCGUCAUCUAGUGAAUCCUUGUUUAGAACAUGUAAAACAAUGCAUCCUUUGUCAGGCAAAAGGUUUUAUCUGUGAAAUCUGCAAUAAAGAUAAGGACAUAAUAUUUCCUUUUCAAUUAGACAAAGUUGUUUUAUGCCAAGUAUGUGGAUCUUGCUUCCAUAAAAGAUGCUUUAAAAAUGUUAAAUGUCCUCGAUGUGAAAGAAUUGCAAAAAGAAAAAGUCUUCUCAAGCAAGAAAAAUAAGAAAAAAGUAUAGAAUAGAACCUUACAGUCAAAAGAAGUGAUAUGUGGUGAUAUUUUAUGUAUGAAUAGCAGAGUUUCCAAAAAUAUCAUUGGCAGUCCUCAAUUCCAUGUCUACUUUUCUUCAAAUCAGCCAUGACAGAAGAUGCCUGUCUUUCCUUAUUCUACUGCACAGUGUCUCUUUUUUGGCUUUUAUUGCAUAAAUAUGGAUAGAAUGUGAAGACAUGUUUGUUAGUGAGCAAGAGGAACUGUUUAAUUUGCAUAAUGUAAAUUUACCAUUCAAAAACACUUUUAAGAAUUCUAUUUAUUACCAUUGGAGCAACUAUGUAAAUAAUUAAUUAAUUAAAAAAUUGUACAAAACCAAUUUAUUUUUGAUUCAAAGAAUAUCCAAAAUGAAUGCAUGAAUUGCUAUAAUUGUAUAGUUGUUAUAUCUACUACAAGCUAUCUAGUAUUCUCAGUAUAAACUAAUUACUUUUAUAUACAACAAAAAUUAAUUUAAACUUUUGAACAUAUAUAAUUUUUACAGAUUAAUAUUUAAUUUGGUAUUAUAUAUUUUUCUUUCAUUUUGUGUCCUAGAUUUGAUUACAUAUGGUGAGUUGCACGAUGGUAAAUUCAAUUACUCUCAUUAAAAUAUUAUAAUCCUUUUUUUAAAAAUUUAUACUUAAAUACGUACUGAAGUAGAUAUUGAUUUGAUAUAGAGUAAUCAGAGUUUAUGAGAAAAACUUUUUAUUUAAUAUUAAUAUGCCUAAAGUUUACCAUGAAAAAAACUAAGUAAUAUCUUUAGUAAGAAUGCUUAUGUAGGUAUGCAAUUGCUGUAACUAACUUGAUAUAGAUAGCUAUGAAAAAUUGUCUGCAUUCACAAGGUUAUUUUAAUCAUAUUUAUUGGUAUUGUUAUUUAAUAAUUCUUGGUAGUUUAGUAAAGAGCUUUUAAGUGGAUAUUUUUUUUUCCUUGUUGCAUAGAAAAUUUAAGUUACUUUGAGUGGAACAUGUGUGAAACUUAUAUUAUUUACUUAAUGAUAACUGUCAUUUAAUUUUAGAAAUUAUAAAUUUUAUUGGCAAGUCUAUUUUUGAAAAAAAUAUGUUUCAUAAUUGAAAUGAUUAAUGUUUUUAUAACCACUGCAUUGAAGAAUGAAAUCUUAUAUGAAAUUUCAAAAUUAUAUACAGCUAUAUACAUUCUUAAUAGUCUUUUAAAAAUACCUUCCAAUUCUUAAAUGCUAUUAUUUUAAUGCAGUGCAUUUUGCUGGCUAAAAUUUUUCAGAUAAAAUUAAAUUUUUUUAUUAAUGGUUUUAGAUAAAUAUAAAACCCUACAUUGCAUUUAGUUUACAUUAGAUAAAAAAAUUAAUUGCAGUAAAUUUAAAACAUUCCUGUUAAUCUUUUUUAUUGUAAUUCUGAGCAUUCUUAUGGGGAUUGCUAGGCACAUGCUGCCAAUGUUUACAGUUUGAAAGUAUUAUUAUAAUUGUUAGAUUAAUCAAUAUAGUAUUGAUAUUUUUAUGUUAUUCAUUAAUAAUAAUUCAGGAAUUAUAAUUAUGUUAUUCAGGAAUUAUAAUUUCAUUUAAGUUUAGUGCUCAUUUAACCAUGGUUUCAUUGUAGAGGAUGUAUUCAGAUUUGAAUAAAUUUAUGCUAUUUCUAAAAUGAAUGAGUAAGGGCAAAAUUAUAAUAUGAUAAUUAUAAUUAUAAUUACAGAUAUUUUUGUCAAGUGAUAUAAUAUUCAACCAUACAUGGGAGCUUUGCUGAGUUACUGUUUUUGAGCAAAUUUUUUAAAUUAACGAACCAUUGGAAUGAAAAUGAGAGUUCCUAUGCUAUAAUGAUCAUUAUGUUAGUUAUGCUUUACAAAUGUCAUUUAUGUUUCUAGUUGAGUGUAUAAUUGCUAUGCAUAUGAGAAAUGCAUAGAUUGUUAUGCUCUAGAUUAUAAUCUGGAUAUUUUUUGUUUUGAGUAUAUUUAUUUUUCUAAUAUAUUUAAUUUUGACUUAGUGGCAUAGUAACAGAGACAGACAUGUAAAAACACGGUAUUAGUGUUUUUAUUUCAUAUUUUAAAACUAAAUAUAAUGAAAGAGAUGACAAAAAUUAUCCUGGGUGCCAUUGAACCAUGGUAUGCCAUUAAUGACCAAGCAAAGUCCUGAUUUGUUAUGUAAGUUUAUGUAUAAGAGUUGUUAGUAUUGACUUAGAUCUUGCUGAAUUAUGGCAUAUAAUACAAAUUUACUGCAAAAACUAAGGCUAGAUUUUAGUAUUGAAGAUCUUGCUUAUUUGAAAAAGAGAACAAGAUAAAAAGGCAUAGGAAUGAGUUAUUUACUACGAUAUUUUGAAGCCUUGUAAGAGUAAUUUGUUAAUUGCUAUAUUCUUGGAUUGCAAUCAUCUUAUUAAUAAUGUAACAUUAUUAUGAAAAAAUAUAGAAGUCUUGUUAAUUUUUGUCUAAUAUGAAAGUAUUUAUGGCAUUAUGAAAGUUAAUGGUCAUUUUACAACAGUCUGUUUGGUCAUAAUAAAUAGAAAAUUUUAUAUUUGGUAUAUGGUUGUUUGACCAAGAAAUUAAUGCCAUGUUAAUCGAGCUUACAGAAAGUGUGAUUAUUUUAUAAAUAAACCUAUUUGUAUUUAAAAAAAUAAAGUAUUUUAU